GUGAAAAUCCACAAGUUCAAGAGUGCAUCCGGACCACCGAUCGAUCCAUGGAUACGGCCAAGUUGAGCGACUACGGCGAGGCCAAGACGCACCUGAAGCAGCUGCAGCAGACGCUCACGCACCUGGACCACCCGCACCACCACCACGCACACCAUCCGCACCACCACCUGGGGCUCUACCAUGGCGCCCUGCCCAACACAUCCACCAUAACCACCGACUCGGUGGUUUCCUGUGUCAGCUCCACACUGCCGGCGGUGGCCAAGGCCAUUUCCGCGUCCUCCAGCUGCGAUGGCCUGCAGUCGGAGCGCAAAAAGUGCCCCACCAGCGAUCUGGAUUCAGGUGGUCAGGGUCACGGGCAUGGCCUUAUGGAGGCCAUCUGCGCUGGCCAGAAGACGUCACCUAUACCACCGCCGCCACCACCUUGCUGCUUGACCCUGGGCGAAAGCUCAUCUUCGCCGAAUCCCAUCGCCACGGCCGCCCUGAUGAACGCUUCCACCUCCGGAUCCUCCAGCGCGGGCGGAGCAAGUGCCUCUCUCUGCAACGAUCUCACACGGGAAUCUUCCUGGUACGCCCACCAUCAUCAUCACCACCAUCACCAUCACCACCAGUUGCCCGACGAGCUGGUCAUGUAUGCCACGCCCACUCCCACGCCGGCAAUCGGGAAAUUCGGACUGGACACUUCCACCGAGGGUUACUUGAACGCAAGGUACAAUGUGAAUGUCAAAGGCGUGCGGCAUGAUAGAACAUCGAGUUUCUUUGACAUACCCGCUGUGACGCACCCGCACACCCAUCCACACCCACAUCCGCACUCGCAUCCGCACCCGCAUCCGCACCCGUACUGCUACAGAUUUCCAUCAUCGCCACCCGCGGGCAUUCUGAAAAAGAGCGACGAAGAAGCCACCUCGGCAGCCGUCUACUGCAGCGACGUGUCCUCCGGCCAGCACUUUCCGCACCACACGAAGAUCGAGCACGCGGACUCCACCACCACGGCGGCACAGCAGCAGCAUCAGCAGCAGCAACAGCAGCAACAGCAACAGCAACAGCAGCAGCAGCAGCAACAGCAGCAGCAACAACUGCAGCAAGCUGCUGCACUGCAUCCGCACCACCAUCACUCCCACCAUGGCCACCAUGGCCAUCAGCAGGCGGAGCAGCAGGCUCUCACCCACUUGACGCCACUCCAUGCCGCCUCCGCUUUCAAAUUUAGCCACACGGCGGUCAUAUCCAGCUCGGCGGUAUAUGCCACGCCCUCGCACUACGCCCACCAACAGCAGACGCAGUCGCAGUCCGUGUACAGGGAUCUCUCGCCCACCACCUUGGCGGCGGUCAGCGAUGCGGAUCUGAAGUACGACAGCGGUCCCUACAACGCGGCCAUCUCAUCCACCUAUCCCUCCGCGCUGCGGCCUAAUGUGGUGGACUCCACCACGUCUAGCGAUGCGGAACUGCGCCUGGAUCAGUUCUACGCCAGCAAUGGCAUCUCCACUAGCAGCAGUGGCCAGGCGAUCAGCCAGCGCAGGGGUUCGCUGCAGCUCUGGCAGUUUCUGGUGGCCCUCCUGGAUGAGCCCACAACCAGUGCCAGCUGCAUCGCCUGGACCGGGCGUGGCAUGGAGUUCAAGCUGAUCGAGCCGGAGGAGGUGGCUCGGCGCUGGGGUCUCCAGAAGAAUCGACCCGCCAUGAACUACGACAAGUUGUCCCGCAGUCUGCGCUACUACUACGAGAAGGGCAUCAUGCAGAAGGUGAACGGAGAGCGCUACGUCUAUCGGUUCGUCUGCGAUCCGGAUGCGCUCUUCAACAUGGCCUACGGUCACCUGACCACCGGUUCCGGCAAGGGUGACCAGCACCAGUUGACGCUGUCGUUGGCGAAGACGCCUCCGACUUCCGGCGACUCCCAGACGCAAUCCCCGCGCGUCGCCAAGUCGGAGUAUUACGAUACCGCCGCAUUGCAUAAAUAUUAACCACAUAGACGCCAUAUGUGGGCGGAGCUUUCGAAUGCGGCCGCGUGGGCGUGGCCGUGUCCCGUGUACAUUGUGUAAUCUAGUUGCGUGUGGGGUUACGAAUUCGAAAUGAAGGUUUCGUUAUGAUGAGCUGCGUUGGGAAUAGCUUAGAGGGGUACGAAG